GCCCAUUCGUUCAUAUAAUGGGAAGCUCUGCCGUCGUCCAGCGGCACAAAAUCGCGCGCGUAGCAAAACGCGCAUGCGCACGCAUCUUCGGUGUGGGGGGCGGGACGGCCGUGUACCAUGGAACAGUACCAUAUCUUGGAGAGGAUUGGAGAGGGAGCCCAUGGAGUUGUAUUGAAAGCUAAACACCUACAGACUGGUGAAGUAGUGGCACUGAAGAAAAUCCCACUCAAGAAACUGGACGAUGGUAUUCCAAAUUCGGUUUUGAGGGAGAUGAAAGCACUGCAGGAGUGUGAAGACAGUCAUCACGUUGUUCGUUUGAGGGAUGUUUUUCCACAUGGCCCUGGAUUCGUGUUGGUGUUUGACUACAUGCUCUCUGACUUGGCCAAGGUGAUCAGAAACUCGGAGCAUCCCCUGACAGAAGCAAGUUCUUCCUCCCUCUAUCCUUCAUCAGACCUUGACCUAAAGCCAGCAAAUUUGCUUAUAAGUCCCAUGGGACAUUUGAAGAUUGCAGACUUUGGGUUGGCCAGGGUGUUCUCUGGGGAGAGUGGGCGACUCUACAGUCACCAAGUUGCCACAAGGUGGUACAGGGCUCCAGAGUUAUUGUACGGGGCAAAAGAGUAUGAUCUUGGAGUGGACAUGUGGGCAGUUGGCUGUAUCUUUGGUGAGCUUUUGAACAACUCUCCUCUAUUUCCGGGAAUGUCAGAGCUUCCAGACUUCAAGAAGAUAUUGUUUCCCGAAAUCCCUCCCAUUCCUCUUGAAGUGGUUGUUCCUGAUGCACCAUCUCAGGCUAUUGAUCUCUUGAGCAAGUUUCUUGUGUACUAUUCAAAGAAGCGCACAACUGCUAGCAAUCGAAACGGAAUGGAGCUACUCCGACCACUUCUUACCUUAGCUGUCGUCUCUCUGUUCGUGGUGGAUGUAAGAGCGAAGCUGAAAGGCGACGAAUGUGAAGUAUGUAUCAACUUCCUGAACAAGUUAGUGGGGAAAAUGAAAGAGCGAGAGGUGACCGUGAGCGACCACGAAAUCGUUGAGGUGGAACUGAUGAAGGCUUGUAAAGAUGCCAAGGGAAAAGAUUCAAGCUUUGUAAGUUUGUUGAUACCUCCAUUACCAGAAUAGAAGCACAUCGACCUGAACAGUGUGGACCUCAAGACGCUAAAGGUGAAGGACCUGAAGAAGAUACUCAACCAGUGGGGAGAGGAUUGCAGAGGCUGUGCCGAGAAGUCAGACUUUGUCAACCGCAUCAACGACCUCAAACCACUUCACGUAGAGCUAUGAGCUCGUUUCUUCCAUCUGUAGUCUUAUUUGAUAUAAUUAUUUUAGCCAUGUAUUUAAACACCUCCGAUUUGUAAACAUCCACUGUCUUCAAGAAAAAUCAGUUGUAAUAACCAGGUAUUAAAUUUCUGACCAUUAUUUUGUACACGGAAUCUCAGUUUUGAUUUGGCAUGAUGGAACAAAUUUCACGUGACAAGUAGACCGCAGCAUAAAAAGCAAUGAUAGUACAUACAAAAGUGCAAAGAGAUAGGAGACAGUAACAAUCCUCGCACCAUUUACCAGCAUACACCCGAAGAGACAAACAUGUGUACAUGUCCAUAAAUACAACCCUCAUAAUAACCUGAAUAGCCUAUUGUACACCCUCUUCAGUACAAGUACCCACAGCAGUUGGCCUCCCCACAGAGGCACUCCACCUGACCCUGUUCGUCUUGGUUCAUCUGGUAGUCAAAGGUCAGCUCCUGACCUGUGCUGAUGUUCUGUGUGGAGAAGAAGGCGAUGCGAGGGAGCCUCUCGUCCAGCGUGUCGAUCCAGACUGAGUAGACCCUCAGGUUUGGAUUGCAAGAGUGAUUGAAGAAGUGGGAGAUGUUGCCGUAGUGUGCAGCGUCUAUGGUGAAAGCGUUGUCAUCGCAGUUGAAGUCGAGGUCAAAGAGAUAGGUCCUGCCCUCCUGGUCGUAGAGCUCCCCGCGCCUCUCCGCCUCCUCCGUCGUAACCACCUCCCCUACGUACUCCGUCACAAAUGUGUUUGGUUUUAUCGGCUCCAUUGUCUUGACUCCCCAACCCCGACCGUUGGGCGUGCGGAAGAUGCACAUGUUGAUCUUUCGUCCACAUUGCACGAUGCGGUUGAUGCAGUCCUGCGGACAGUUGCAGCGAGAGUUGCAUUCGUAGAUUGGGUUCCCCGGCGGUAACCUGAUCUUCCCGGCGAGGGAGUAAGGGAACUCUGCUCCGGCCAUUUUCGGACAGCAGUACUGGUUCUUGGGGCUGCACUUUUUCCCCAUGAGGUAGCAGUUGCAUCCGCACACCGUGCUCCCGACUUCGGAACUCUGCGGGUUCGGGACCCCUUCUCCGUACAGGUUGGAUGUGAUGUACUUGAAGGUCCACGGGAUUGGAGCCUGGUCGAUGCGAUUCUCUACGAGAAUGAAGGCCUCGUUUUUCCGGCAUUGCUGGUUGAGCAUGAACUGCCACUCCAGGAGCUCCUGUUGAUACUCCGGGUUAGGGAUCAGUGGCUGGGAGUACACUGGGUCUAACGACACUGGGGCUGUAGUCGGAGAAGAUAGUUGGACUGUUUGUAGGAGAGAAGGUUGGGGCGGUGGCGUGGGGGGCAAACUAAACGUCGGAGUGAGGUAGGCCUUUGCAUUCAAGGAAGAGGUGGUGGAGGAGACUUCAGCGUGACCUCCACUGCCAGAGGUGCUAGAGCCACUCGAAGGGACUAGCUCUAGUGAGGGAGUGGGUGAGGAGGAAUGUGCUCGUUUCCGCAGCCGUCUCUUGGACCAGGACUCGCUGUCAGACGAGUUCUCGGUGGCAGUGGACUGGGUGGUCGAGGUGGGAGUGUGGCAAACGAUCCCAUUCUUUUUCUUCAAGACAACCUUCUUGCCGUUUGGUGUGCGGCCGUUCAAGACGACCAUCUUGCCGUUUGCAGCGUGGGUGUUCAAGACCGCUUUCUUGCUGUUCAUGGGGUGGCCGCCCAAGACCAGUUUCUUGCCAUUUGCAGCAUGGCCGUUCAAGACCACAUUCUUGUCGUUUGCAGUGUGGCCAUUGGGUAGUAGGCUCUUCCCGAUUGUCUCCACUCUGUUGUUCCGCUGAAGCACCGAGUGGUUGAGCCCGUUCAACGUGCGCUUUAUCCGCGAAGAGCAGACGUUUAUCUGAACCCUUGAGUGGCCUUUUACCAUGGGAGGCUGUUCCAAGGAAGGAAGCGGCGUCUCUCCAGACAGACUACUACGGUUCCCAGAGACACUGCUGUCCUCGUCCGAAUCGAGAUGCAGUCGGAAUGAAUCGUCGACAGAGAAACUACCGUCUGACACCAGCGAGCUCGAGUCGUCGCAACUCGACAAGAGAGGGCUCACGGAUGGAGAGGUGAGGACAAAGUCGCCCCCACUCCUCCCCUUCCUCUGCUUCAGUAUGUCCUUCACCUUUUGUCUGCUUCGCGAGGAAGCUGAUUUCGGUCGCUGUUGCUGUUCCCUGAAUCUCACUGACGAGGAUGGUAGGAGUUUCGGUGUUGAAAAAUGGGCACCCUUCUUGACCCUGUCUUUUUCAGUGGCCCGUCUGUGUUGAUGAGAAAAAGACGACAGUCUCCUGCUGGUUCCGCUUGUCGGCUCGGACAAAUGCAGCCGUAGCGUGCCCUUUGAGUGCAGGGUAUUACUCACGAGAAUGUCAUUUGCCGGCAAUGAGCUAUCGUCAGGCUGGUUCGACCUCCCCGGCUUUGCUUUCGAACGGGCCCUAACUUUCGAGGAGCCGGACAUCGAGUGAACCUUUGCUUUUGUCGAAGAAGAAGAGGAUGCUGAAUUGGGGGGAACUACUGGAGUUGCGGUAGUGUGGGAGAGAUUGGAGGGGUUUACGAAUACAUUCUUGCCGAGGUAGGACUGGAGGAGGUCCCAGCAGUUCAUGCCGCUGGCCAGCACCCACGAGUUCUCUUCCUCCCCAUACCCCUUCCACUUGAGAAGGUACUCGUACUCUUGGUACUCUUCAGACUGCAAACAUACAACAACCACUGUAUAUAUAGAAUUAUCACAAGUGUCCCGAAUGCGGUUGGAUCGUGUACGUGUGCUAAACCAGAGGAUUCGCAGAAAUUGCUUUAAGAGAUUCUCGAAAUAUCGUCACGGAAGGGCACUACUGAUACUCAAAUGGCAGCCAAAGUAUUGGCAUCGAAUCCACACAUAGACAAGAUAUAAUACAUAAUAGUGUCAGUUUUACCCAAAUUCAUACAAAAUUUCCAGUGCCAAAAGUGAAUACACAUAUUUUAAAACU